UAUUAUGUUGGAAUGUUUUAGUGGUGGUGGAUUAUAUGAUGAAAGUAACAAUGGAUGUAAGAUCGGGAGAUGGGAAGAAUUUGAUUAAAUAUCAUAAAUUACUUGUCAAGGUAAUUACAAUAAUGGUACAAAAGUGGGUAGAUGGGAUAUUUAAUGGAAGUUAAAAUCCAAUUCAUAAAAGUAGGAUUAUUAGAUAUUUAAAAUGUUUAGUGGGGGGGGAUCGUAUGAUGAAGGAGGCAAUGGAAUGAAGAAUGGUAAUUGGAUCUAUUUGAGUGAAGAUUUUGUUGAUAGUUAUAGAUAAUAGAAAUUUAUAGAAGUUGGUGAAUAUAAAUUUGGUAAAAAAAUUGGUAGAUGGGAUAUUUUUUAUAGAGGGGAAGAGCUAAUAUAAUCUACAGUAUUGUAAAGAUAUAUUUUCAAAUAUUAUUUUAUAAUAGUGCAGGUGGUUCAUAUGACGAUGAAGGGAAUGAGUGUAAGAUUGGGAAAUGGACGGAGUUAAGUGAUUAAUAUUAGGAUAUUUCUUAAAUUACUUAUGUUGGUGACUAUAAAAAUGGGAAGAAAGUUGGUAGAUGGGAUAUUUGGUAUCAUAAGAAUAUUAGGGAAAAAAAAAAUGAUAAAAUUUAAUAUUAAAGAACAUUAAUUGGUGGUGGAUAAUUUGAUGAAGUAGGUAAUUAAUGUAAGAUUGGAAAAUGGACUGAGUUGAGUUAUGAUUUUUCAGAUUUAUAUUAAGUCAGUUACAAAGGAGAAUAUAAAAUAGGUAAAAAAAUAGGUUUAUGGGAAACUGAAUAUAAAGGCGAAUAAGUGUAUAAAAUAUUAAGAAAAAUUAUUUAGUGGUGGUGGAUCGUAUGAUGAAGAAGGAUAUGUCAUUAAAAUUGGUCCAUGGAUUGAGUUGCACGAUAUGUUUUCAGAUAAUUGUUAAAUUAUUUACAAAGGUGAAUAUUAAUAGGGUAAAAAAGUUGGCUCUUGGUUGGAAAUGAAGAGAAAGGCAUAUUAAUUAGAUUUUAAAAGAGGAAAAGUGAUAAAAUAUGAUGGUUGA